GUCAGAUAAAUUCUGUUUAAAGAAAUUAAGACUGAAUCCAAAAUGAAUUUAAAAUUUCUGGAGAAUUUAAUUCUGUAGUGACAAUGUUGUGUAAUAUAUCAGGGGAGCCUGUUUCAAAAUGUAUUUAGUGGCUGAAUUGCUCGACCUAUGUUGGUGUAUGGGCUCCACAAAGAUUGAUUCGUUUUCGGUUACAACACUUUAGACGGUAUCGUCGCUCACCAUGAAAACGAAGCAACUCGUCCUUAGUUUGCUCCCUUUUAAAGUACUUUUCAAUUUAGUGCAACCAAUAAGAUGGGAUAUUUCAUCGUCUAUUUUAAUUGGACAACAAGUGACACAGAGAGUGAGGGGAAAGGGGUAGAAAAUAACAGUUAGAAAAAAUUAUUACCGUGGACCAAAUGUAUUUCAGGCUGAUCAGGUCUACUGGGGGAUUAUCCGAGGUGCCUCCUACUUUUAUCAAAUCAAAUCAUGAUAAUGCUGGUCACUGUAACACAACCAGUAGUUUGAUUAAUGUUGUUACAAUCCCUUCAACUUGUAUGACAAAUUUGUCUACAUCAGUUAUUGUUACCAGUCAAUCAACCACAAUAUCUAGUCCUAUGACUAGUCGUAGUUCACGAAGUAAUACGUGUUCCGAAUGUCCCUGCAAAGAGUCGAUUUCGCAUCGUCCACAUCAUUACAUGUCUGGUGCCCAUUUUUCUCAAAAUUCUCAUCAUUAUCAUCAUGUUGCACAUAGAGAAAAUUAUACCUCUCAUGGUGUUCCUACUAGUAUUACCAAUUCUUUCACGAAUGGAGGUGGUGGUAGUGGAGGAGGAGGCAGUGGCGGCGGUAAUUCAUCUCAUGGGAACGGUUCAAAUCAUCAGUAUUCUUCAUCUCAGUUUACUUCCCACUAUCAUCAUCACAACGCACCAUCUUCCCAGCAGAAUAUGAAACAUGUAUCACACUGCAGUAAAAUGAAGCCAGGGAUGAGUAAAAAUUUGCAAGAUUUUAUGAUUAGUCAAUGGGAACAGUUUCGCGAGCGUCUGUUAAACUCGAAUGCUGAUAAUGGAAAAUCAUAUUGUACCGAAGCAGUAACAGCCACAACCAUGUCAACGACAAAUACUACCAGUAAAUUCACUUUUGGUGAUGUCAAUAAUAACAACACUCAUAAUACUUCUUCUAGUGAUAUAAUCCCAUCAAGAACUACUAUAUCCAGUUCUAUUUCAAGUCAUGGUGUUACCACUUCAGUGGUUGAGUUCAGUGUCAAUCGUAGGGCAAAUGAUUCAACUGUCAUAGCUAAUAGUGAAACCUCGUAUGGAGCGGUUAACAAUAAUAAUGGUUGUGGCGCUGGUAGCAGCAACAGUUGUAGUGGUUAUCUUAGGCGUAAACAGAACAGUGGGUAUGGUAAUAAUCAAAUGGGGAAAUCCAUGAAUUCAGGUUCAGUGUCUUGGAAAAGGGGUCAGAUUGCGGUCAGAAAAAACUCUUCCCCAGGUAAUUUCAGCAACAGAGGUCCUGGAAAUUAUGUCAGUAACCGGAAUUCUAUCCCUACUGUGUUUGCAUCAAUCAGCCCGCCUCUUGUUACAUGUAUUCUAUCUCCUACAACUACAUUGUCCUCAGUUUCUGAGUCAAUUAACACUAUGGCUGGAAUGAAUCAAAAUGACAGAAAAAUUGUUAGUGCAGUAGACACAAAAAUGCCGUCAGCAUCUGUUCAAUCCUCUCCGAUAGUCGUGUCUGUUAAACCUACUACAUCAGAAAGCUGUUGUUUACUCGAAAGAGAUUCUCCUAUUAUUCGUCCUACUGUUAAUUCAGUUACUUAUGUCAGUGAUUUCACUCCAACCGUGAUUAUUUCAACCAAGGCAGUGAAACUGAAAGAAAAUUCAAAGACCGCAGAUAGAGUAUCAGAUAUGAUAAUUAAUUCUGAAUCUGUAGAAAAGCUUGCGGUAUUAAAUGUACUCUCCACUAAUGAUAGAAUAACUGAUGAUCAAUGUAUAGCACCGUCUUUACAGAUAAAAGAUACUGAUGUGGAUUUAUUAACCGAUGAAAAGUUGCCCAGCUAUCAAAUAACAAGUGAGCGUUUACUGUCCACAGUAUCAUUACUAACUGAAGUAGAGAAUUUGGCGAAAUCGGCUAGUCAAGAUGAUGAAACUGGACGUUCGAUUAAUGGUGCGAAGGUUGAAGAAGGUGAAUGUUUUUGGACGCCUGAUCCUCCAGCCUCUCCUGAAAAUAGUACUGCUCUACAGCAUGGAAAUUAUUCCAGUAGCUAUCAUUCAACCAAUUUAUCUACAAGUCCUCAGUUAUCUGUUUCCCUGCCAAAUUCAGAAGAUCUCCAAACUACUGUCUAUCAUCCACCACUUGAAAUACAAUCAGAACGAACUUCAUUACCUGAUAUUUACAGAUGUAAUAAGCUUACAGAUUCUGUUAUGAUUUGUUCAUCUAGUAGUAGAUUAGAAAGUUUAAAUGAUGUUGACUAAACGUUUUCCAGGUCAUCUCUUAUCUUUUGAAUAUUUAUAUUGUUAUCUUUCUUGCCAUUACUGUUACAACGCUUACUAAUCUUAGAUUCAUGUAACCGGUGGGUUUCGCUAUGCAACCUGUCCUGGAUUUCACUUUACUUUCAUAUUUUUCUGCCUCUUUAUUCUCACCCCUAUUCGAUGAGCACGUGCUACUUCUAGUCUUUUCUAUCUACUUAUACAGAAAUUUAUACAUAUAGGCUUAUAAACUAUAUAACAUAUUACCUUAUUGAUUGUAUAGUAUAUAUUACUAGGCAUCUUUAAUCGUUGCUCACGUUUUUAUCCGAUCGAAUUAUUUAACGGUCACUAAUUCUACUUUUGUUUUUUAGCUACUUAUAUUAUUUCUUAGUAUAAUAUUCGUCUUUUGUUUCAUUUUUUGAUUUUUCAUUAUUUUUCCUAAUUUUAAUAAAAUACCUUUUUUUGUUUGAAUUAAAUAAAUAAAUGAUAAUAAAAAGUUUUAGUAGUUAAUAACAGUAUGAUUAGUACUUAUUAUUGUUAUCUGUUUUGAAUUUAGGCAUUUUUGGCGCUUUCGAACCUGUCUCGCAAUUUCCAGGUGAUUUAUUCUUCUUAAUUAAUUUUUUGAAUGAAAAGCUGUCCCGUUGGUGUUGUUAUCUUUGUCCUGCUACUACUUGUAAUAGUGUUAUUUCGCCUGUAAUGUAGUUUUUAUUUCACUGCGAAGUUUAUUUAUAUUUAUAUAAUAUACCAUUUUCAUGUAUAUU